UUCUUCCCUCUUCUCAUUGGUUUGGUCUCCUUGCUUUCAUCAAGGUCCUUCCUUUGUUUGAUGUCUGGUGGUGCGUUUUCUUGUCGCCGGCGUUCUGCGUUGACGGCUUUCGAAGAUAAUUAGACUUUCUCUUUCUUUUCUUGGCUUUUGUGGGUGUUUAUUGGAUUUUGUCUUGCGGCUUCUGUGAAUGUGGGUAUUUGGCUUGUGUUCUGGGUCUGUUACCCAUUUGCAGGAAAAAGGUGGUAGGUUGAUGGGGUUGACUUUGACCCAAGCAAAGAGAUUUGGAGUUCUUGUCGAGGAGGAAUUUCAGUGCGUCAAUAUUGUCCUCAAUUUUCACAAUUCCAUUUUAGAUUACGGGUCUGUUGUGAUUUCUGUCUGCAAUUUGCAGUGUCAGCUUUUUUUCGUUUUUCUAAACUUCACGGAAGAGAGUUUAUCGUCGGCUAUGUUGUUUUUAUAGCUACUCUGCCUGUUCUAUCUAAGAAAACAGCUUGUUAUCAUAGGAAGGUUGUGAAUUAACCAUAUUGCUUUGAUGACUUACUAAGAAGAUUGGAGCUAAUCAUGGUAAGCUUGAGAAGGCGCAGACUUUUGGGGCUAUGCUCAGGAACCAGUUCCUUUGUUACUCCACUUCCCCUAUAUUGCGAAAACCUCACUGCUUCUCAAGAUUCAGCUCAGCAUGCUAAACCUAAGAUUGCCCAAUCUGACAAUGGAAUUGAAAGCAUCCUACGUAGUGUAGGAACUCAAUUACUAAAGCAGAAUCCCAUUGUGAAAGAAGAACCAGCUUCCUCAAAUGUAUCUGGUUCUAGCUCGUCAAAGGAGCGGUCUAGUCAGCAGUUCAUUGGGCCUCCUAUUAAACGCAGAAAGCCACAUAGGAGAAAGCAUAUGCAUAGUCAAGAAUCAUGUGUAAUGAGAGGUGUCUACUUUAAAAAUAUGAAGUGGCAGGCGGCAAUUAAAGUGGACAAGAAACAGAUCCAUCUUGGAACUGUUAAUUCUCAAGAAGAGGCCGCUCACCUAUAUGACAGGGCUGCUUUCAUGUGUGGGAGGGAGCCCAACUUUGAGCUUUCAGAAAAAGAGAAGCAAGAACUAAGUAACUUGCAAUGGGAUGAGUUCUUGGCAUUUACUCGACAAUCAAUCACCAGUAAAAAACACAAAAGAAGACUUGGCUCCAGACAGCGCAGUGAGUCUGAGCCACGUGCAUUUCGUGAUGGGGACAGUCAGCAAGGCAUCGAUGCCACCUCAGCUUCCGAAGAUGCUGAUCAAGAAACCUCGGAGUCAUGAAACGCAAUAGUUCUAACAGUUCAAUUCUAGGUGGGAGCUCCAUUUUUAUUGUAAAGAAGGGCUGUAUUAUGCUAGACCUUGAUAUAUAUAUAUAUAUAUAUAUAUAUAUUUUUCAUGAUCUCAAGGUAAUUAGAUUAUUAUUAUUAUAGCUUAACCCAAUAAAGAGUUUGAUUUCUCAUGAAGAUAAAUCAUCCCCAUUCCAUUCAACUAGCUUAGGGCUACUUGCUUCUUCCCCUUCUGGAAGUUACGAAGCAUUAUUCUCAGCUUGUAGUUUUGUCAAUGUACCAUACGGUGCAUGAACAAUUGAACAUGUAGCUUUGAAAUAAUUUUCUCAGCAAUGGCUGCAAUAUAAUUUCUUGAUUUGUGCGUGUCA